UGGGGCUCACACUGUGCUUGCCCAGCUUGCCAUGCUGGCCACAGCUCCCGGCCUGCCUGGGAAGGCGUCUGCCCUCCCCACCUGCCUCACUGGCUCUGGGACUGGCUCACUUGUGCCGGGGCUGGGGUUCAAGGGGUGGCCCUGAGCCCUGGGAACGGCCAGCUGGGCCCUCUGCUGUCCCAGGUGGGGCUGUCACGGCCUCAUGGGAAAACAUCUCUGGUGCCAACAGAUCUGAAACAGGCCUGGGGACGGGGUGACUGCCGACACCCCAGGCACUGGCACCCAUCCCAGCACAUCCAGCCCCACUGCUACCCCAGCUGUGUGCCCACAAGCAGACCCCGUGCACCCCAUCACAGCCCUGCAGUGCUCUCCUCUCCAGCUCCACAGGCUGUAGUAAGAACUGACAGAACUCAUUACAGCGAUAGCCCAGGCACCCCAGGGUGCCUUUCAGCAGCAUGUUCCCAUGUCCCCACUUGUGUGGGACCAGGUAGGUGCCAGGUUUGGCCCGGUGCUGCUGCCUGCAGCUGGCAGAAAGCAGAAGGGGGACCUGCCCUGCCUGGCUACCAGCCACAUGGCUCCCAGCUGCUAUAAAGCUCGUGGCCCUGGGGACACGGUCCUGUCCUGCCAGGAUGGCGUUUCUGUGGGCAGUUGCCUGUCUGGCCCUUGCCACCGCUGUCUCAGGUAAGCGCUGCCUGCAGGCAUGGGGACGUCCUCGGGGUGCAGCAGGACCGAGGCACCCUGGGGAUGGUGACACUGAGCCACCCGCACUGGCUCAGGCAGCCCCUUAGUGUGAGCCUGGAGCUUUUGGGGUCACCCUUGUGCCCCUUUGCCUCUCCCGCAGGCUGCGGGGUGCCUGCCAUCAGCCCCUCGGUGUACUACAGCGAGAGGAUCGUCAAUGGGCAGAACGCGGUGCCCGGCUCAUGGCCUUGGCAGGUCUCCCUGCAGACCCGCUCAGGAUCCCACUUCUGCGGUGGCUCCUUGAUCAACGAGAACUGGGUCGUCACGGCUGCCCACUGCAAUUUCAACCCGUACUCCCACGUCGUCGUCCUCGGGGAAUAUAAUCUCAACUACAACACAGAGACCACUCAAGUGAAGACCGUGUCCAGGGCUAUCACGAACCCCAACUGGAACCCCAACACCUUCAACAGUGACAUCACCCUGCUGAGGCUCUCCUCACCUGCACAGCUGGGACCCAGCGUGUCCCCUGUCUGCCUGCCCCCCGCCAACCUGGUGCUGCCCAACAACCUCCAGUGUGUCACCACGGGCUGGGGACGCACCAACCCCAACUCUCAAGCCUUGGCAACACGCCUGCAGCAGGUAACGCUGCCCUUGAUCUCCUCGAGCCAGUGCAUGCAGUACUGGGGCAACCGCAUCACCAACUCCAUGCUCUGCGCUGGCGGGGUCGGCGCCUCCUCCUGCCAGGGUGACUCUGGCGGCCCUCUGGUGUACCAGAACGGGAACGUCUGGACCUUGAUCGGGAUCGUCUCCUUCGGAAACAGCAACUGUAACGUCCGCACGCCGGCCAUCUACACCCGUGUCAGCCUGUUCAGAAACUGGAUCGACUACAUUGUUGCUCAGGGUUAGAGACAGUGCCAGAGGGAUCCCUUUGCUGGGCGCUGCUCCCGGCACGGGGAGCUCAGCAGAGCCAGCAAGGGGCCGAGCUGGAAGCAAGGCACCUCACCUCCUAAUAAAGCAUCA